UCCACUCUUCGUGGCAACUCGACGCAACCUGUAUGUCGCCGAAAAGCUCAGAAGGAGUCGGACAUUCGAGACGAGCGAAUUUCGCACCACCAGGGGCUGACAGGCCGGAUAUCAUAAUAUUUUAACAUCCACGACGAAACACAACCUCUCCGUCAUAGCCAUUGCCACCACUGACACCUACAGCGUCGCUACUCUUGUCACCCUUCGUUUUUCAACCUUGUCCUCCUCCUUUGCUAUUAUCCCGACGGCAUAUUCUAAUAACAAAAGUUUUCGUUCGUCGUUCUACAAGAAUGGUUCGAUUGUUGUGCACCAGCUUGGCCCUUGGCCUCGCCCUUACGGUCUGUGCUGCUUUUCCCCGUGCAGUAAUGGCGAUCGACCUUAGCCGACUCUACGGUCACCUCAGUUCCAAGAGAACGGGGGGAGCCUGCCAUCCAUACGAACCGUUUAAGUGCCCUGGAGACGGUAUUUGCAUUUCGAUACAAUAUCUCUGUGAUGGUGCACCGGAUUGUCAAGAUGGCUAUGAUGAAGAUUCAAGACUUUGCACAGCGGCUAAGAGACCACCGGUAGAAGAAACAGCAAGUUUCUUGCAAUCUCUUUUGGCAAGUCACGGACCUAAUUACUUGGAAAAGCUAUUUGGAAAUAAAGCACGCGACACACUCGAGCCCCUUGGUGGUGUACAAAAGGUGGCCAUUGCCCUUUCUGAAUCUCAGACCAUUGAAGAUUUCGGUGCAGCGUUACACCUGCUGCGUGCUGAUCUAGAACAUUUACGCUCAGUAUUUAUGGCUGUGGAGAACGGCGAUCUGGGGAUGCUUAAAUCGUUGGGUAUUAAGGAUUCGGAACUCGGUGACGUAAAGUUCUUCUUGGAGAAGCUUGUCAAUACGGGUUUCCUGGAUUGAAGUACUCAUUGCGUUCACCAAUAUUCAACUUUGCCGACCGCGUCACUACUUGUUCGACAAAACUCGACCAAACUCUCUGUUUCAUUUUCGACUUGAAAUCUCAUGGAAAGAUUACACAGAGAACUUACCGAUCUUGCGAGGGUGCAGUGACCGGCCGGUGGAAGAAAAACACAGUAAAGAUCAGCUCGAGUCCUUAAAAAUAGUCAGCGCACGGUACUCGAAUAUAAUUUCAUCUAAUAUUUAAAAUAUCACUUAGAAAAGAACAAAUCAUAAUGUUUGAUAAGUAGUCUGUGUUUAUUGUGGAAAAAUUAUCUUUGUUUGCAUAUGAAUUGAAUAGUUUCCAAAAGACACUUGGGAUUCUAGUUACAUUCGUUCUCUACUCAUUCUAAAUUGUACCUCGAAUAUAUAAUGCCAUGAAAUUAUUAUUUAGGCGAUCGAUUGAACCUUUGUACAUUUGGUGAUAUAUUAUUCUGAUAAUGAUAUAUCUACCUUUAUCUACAGAAAACAAUUUUAUUACUCUUAGGCGUAAACCAACAAAGAAAAUCACGAUUACGUACCGGUAAUGUCAAAAUGGUGAUUUGAAUAUCAGUGAUUUACAUGAUUGUACACAUUUCCCUGAGAAGGAAAUUUUCGCAUUGCCGAUAGGUAACUGUCACUUCGUGUUUGCUAGAAAAUAUAUUUCUUUUGCGAAUUUUUCAGAGGUAUUAAAUUUUGAUAUACAAUAUGUUACGGUCUUUAGGUAUUCGAGGUGCAAUCAUUCACAAGUAGAAGAUGAAGCACGUUUUUUGGAAAAAUGUUAUUUCUAAUGUAAUAGAUCCCUGCGGAGCUAAAGAUAUAGUACCGUUAUUUAGAAUACGGUAAUGCCAAAUUUCAGUGUGUGUUUUUCGAAUGUACAAUGCCUUGAUUUCUAAAAUCUCCUCGAUGAAAGGCAUUCCGACGAUGAUAAAUUAAUGAAAAACUAAAACUUCACAUACAUGAGAAAUUGUGAUUCCAAGAAAUCUCCGUGGGGAUUCUAAAGAAUAUUUCCAAUAUUUCGAUGUACAUUGUAUAUUUCAAGGAAAUGUAGGGAAAGGUGAAGGAGACGUAAAGUGCGAAAUAUUUUGGAGACUCCCAGAUACAUACAAUUAAGUGUAGGCAAAGUCGUGGUAACCCUGACCACUAUUCUUUUUUAUUAAAUAACACUUCGUCUCAUUCCUUAAAAUGAAGAAUUCCUUACCGAGAGGAAUGACAUGAGCCCAAGUAAAAUAUUCAAUACGAAGCACUUUGCAAAACUGUAUAAGGCAUUCAAUUGAGUGGAUCCAAUUCCGUCGAUUCAACGAGUCGCCGGAAAUUGGUUCGAUGCCAAUAAUUGACAAUCGAUUAAGUUCUUGAUAAUUUUUUUUUAAUUCCAGAUCAAAUUCUAUUUUAAAUUGGCCUAAUUGUAGACCAAAUGUAGCUCAUAGACGUCACGGUUCGGAUAACGUAAGGAGCAUUUAGCGUACAGAUAUAUUAAAAUACAACCGUAAAUAAGGGUUUAAACUAUCAUUGCAUCCCGGAAUGAUCAUAGAGACGAACGAUACAUUUUCUUAUUUAUAAUAGGCGCUUCAAUAUACCUGGUAUAUUAACAGUGUCGUUACUGCUUGCUAUGCUAUCUAAGAGGGAUCGUUAUCAGAUUCAUUGAUAAAAUGACUAUUACGUCAUAAACAUUUAGCAAGUAUUUUAUGAGUAAUUCUGCUUACUGAAACAAUUUCAAAAAUAUUUUGUUAAUGUAUAUUAGCGUUAAUUACCGAUUUGAACGAUGAAAUAUUACCAACAUUUUGACUAACGUAAUAGGCUCGUCAUUUUGAAUAACGUAAUAGUACGAACCUGGAUAAAGUGUCAUUCUUGACAAUGGAGCAAUUUUUAAAGAUUCAAAAGAUUAUAUAAUUAUAUCAAUAGAUGUAUCGAUUAUAUCGUAAAUCAAUUCUCGGAUUCUAAUCUAAGAAUUUCAGGAUUAUUUUAAUAAUCUUCAUUAGUUUCAUUAAAAUACAAGUACAGUCGAGUCGCGUUAUAAAGCCUCUCGGUAUAAGACUCCACUUAGCCGUUUUUCAUCCUGAGCGUUCUCCUCUAUCGAGAGUCAAAGGACCCGUGAUGGGGCUUGUGUCGGGAGUGGAUAAUACAUUUUCAUUAUGGUGGGAGUUCUUAUAACCGUUCUCGUAACGCGACUCGACUGUAUAAAUGAAUACAAAGACUUCAAAAGAAAAAAAAACAGACGGUUUAACUUUGAAAAUUCCUAUAAUCAAACGUCCAUAAACUUCAGAAAAAGAUCUCGGACGAAUCAUAAAUUUCUCAAGCAAUUCGUACGACACUAUAUUACACAAUUCUUAUACAUUAUAUCUUUAUACCGUGUAACGAAAAUUCAUUUUCGUUACAACCGACACAGUGAUGAGAAAGCUAAACGAAAAGUGGAAAAAGUGAUAACACUUUGGGGAUGAAUGUGAUUGGAUGCUGAGAUAAGGAACGAUAACAUAUCAAUAUUAAUAUUUAUCUGUAAGUUAUAUUCAAGCGUAUUCUAGUAUAGCUUCUUUCAUGUACACGAAUAUUAUAUAUUCUCGUUAUAUUAUACAGCACAUAUAUACCGGGUGGGGGGGGUGGAGGGGGUGUUUGAUAUUUUGAUAUAACGAAUUUUAUUCGACCUUUUGUUUUUUAUGCUGAAUAUAUUCAGGAUUCUAUUUUAUGAGAUAUUAUCGGUAGAAAAUGUUAAAUUUGGGUUUAUAGAAAAAACAGAAGUGUUUUGUGUUGAAGUGGAAACUACAAUUAAUACGUCUUAAUGUAAAUUUGGCUGAAAAUCAAUUAAAAAUUUAUGAAAGGUCUCAGUACAACUAACUCCAAAUUUUGGAAAAAAAAUGUUAUUGUAUCGAAGCACCAAUUUUUGAAAGUCAGACACCCCUAACGUACAUUGUAUAAGCAUACAAAUAUUAACGUGCAUGCUUCUUUUCAUUCUCACAUGAAAUUACGAGUUGCGGCAAGUAAGCAUCCCUAUCUUGAUGUCCUUUGUCAAGAAGAACGUUACAUAUGCAUAUGUGUAUAUACGUGGAACGUGAUUGAGAUUUUAAUGAAAUAUUUCUUUUAAGUGUUAUAACGAGAGAAAAAAGAAACCAAGGGGUGUCAUCAACAAUCUUUGCACCGAUUGCUAUUUACAAAUAUUUGCACUAAAAUUUAACUUUUGACCUCGCGCACUUUUUAGAAAUAUUCAUGAAUGAAAAUUAUACCUAAUAACUGCAUGACGAAAUCCGAUUUUUCACAUAUUCGUAAGCACAAAACAAAAUAAGGUGAUUUGAACUCUCUGAUUUUCAGUGGUCGUUGUGCAAAGUUAAGUCAAUUAAAUAAUUUUAAUGAUACAUUAAUGAUCUAAAUUGUCGAUGACUUCACAUUAAUUCUUUAAAAUGUCUUGCUAGACAUCCAACCGAAACACCUGCAUUGGUAUUAAAGUACACCAUAUUAAACCAGCAUAGUUUUUAAGACACUUGCGUAGAGAAAUCUGAACAAAGAGAGGAAGUUUGAAGUAUCUCUGAUAGAAGGUUGGUGGAAAUAUCGUAUACAUAUCAUAUAAUACGCAUAUCGGUAAAGCAAAAUUAUGAAUAGAGCGAUAAAGGUCCUCCGCAGUCGAAGAGUUCGCUUGGAAAACUAUUUACCUGCCGUUCUAGUCGAUUGUUGAGUCGUUAGAAUUAGCAUAAAUUCGAUAAAUUUCUAUCUUGCAAAGUCCUCGUACUAUGCUCCCUCUCUCUAAGAUUUUCGUCGACCAACGACGGACCCCACUCUUUUGCAGGAGUAUAAAGACGCAUGCGCACGCCUGCUUGUUCCUCCACGCUUAUAUUUGCCUGUCGGCAAGAGUGGGGGGACUGCAUUCCACUCAAAUCGAGGGGAAGAUAAAUAAUACGAAGGUGAUCAUCAGGAAGGGAGCAUAGUAUACGUUUAUUAAAAAAUUCAUAAACUUACAGAAUAAUGUAAACAUGAAAAUUUUGACAAACGAUAUAAUAUUUGUUCUAACAUCGUAAGAUGUUCGUUAAUACUCUCUGUCGAAUACAAAUGCCCAUGAACAAUCGGACAAGUUGAAAAUAUCAUUAAGCAAAUCAAAAUUAAUAUUUAGCUUAAAAUAUUAUUUAGUCUAACAUUCCAUUGGCCUUUGAUACUGAAACCCCUGAUGUCGGGAUUGUAUGAUUCUCGUACUAAAGUCUGUGUCUCUCAUUUGCUCUUACGAGAACAAAGUGAAAUCCAUCCUUCUUAGUACACAUCGGUAGUAACCUAAGCCAUUGAAAUGGUAGCGUAUAGCAGAAAAAUAAGCUUAAGAUUGUAUUGGUCGAUAAAAAUGUACUAGAACGGCAAAAAAAGGAGUUUCCCAAAGUGGGGAGUUCCUCAAAGACGAGAAGUUAGGCUUUUCUCUUGUCUCUUAGUUAAGUGACGUCUCUUAUUGAGAAAUAGCCGAGAGUCAUUGUAUCAGAUGAUAGAUAUUAAUAUAUGAAUAGAUAUAAAUAAAUAUAUCAUAUUUUGGUAUAAUGAAAAGAAUCCCUCCAGGUGGCGAUCGCGGUUCAAAAUAGGGCCUGGACCGCAGGAGCGCUUUCAGGGAACCUUGAAUCAGGAUUUCCGAAGGACCAGGACACGCUUUUUCGCUCAGAAUAUCCACUAGUAUGUCCUGGCCUCUCGGCGCCGUUGCUCUACCAUCUAGACUACAUACACAAAUCCCUACCGACAUAUACCCAGUACACGCAUACCCAUGUAGUCGAUAUUAAUUUUCCUAGAUCGAUGUAAUCAAAUGGUAAAAGAUUCUUAAGGAAAUCGUUAAGGAAAUUGCUAUUCGGGUCUUUUUAAUUUCGGAACAAACAGUUGAUAUCUAAAUUACGAAAUUUUACGAGUUUGUCGAAUAGUUAAGUAAAAUGGAAAUACAUGCAAUAUUCGAUAAAAUUUGAAGAACGUUGCUAUGUCAAUUUCUCCUUUUCAAACAUGUGUUAUUAUAAUUCCUAAUUUAUCUCUCAUAUUUUUUUCGGGUUGUAUUACCACCCCUCCUUGUUAUCCUUCCGAUCCUUCGUCCUUCCUCAACCUCCCGUUCUCAUUUCAUACAUACACCUAUCUAGCGCAUAGUAAAUGCAUGUAUACGUAAAAUUAUAUGCAUGCAUUUACUUACGGCUGUGUCUUUACGUGUGAUAAAUGUGUACAUAUCAUUCGAAUAAGUAAAGAAAAUAAUUAAGAGCGUAAUUAAGAAUAGCAUUGGGCUAUGUGAUAACCUUAAAAAUAUCAUACAUAUCCUAUCAUCAGCGUAAACGUGAUAUAUACGUUUAAAAUUUGAAGAAGCGACAAGAAGAUUUCAGAGAUAUAUGAAGCACACAUUUUUGUAUGUAACAAUUUUAUUCGAUCAAUUUAUCUGAUCGAUUGCAAUUAUCGAAGACAUAUCAGAUUGUAAGUAUACAGAAUUCAUUGGGCUCCUUUUACGAUUAUUUACAUUUAAUGAAAGUACACAGACGUAUCUCUUGUCUCUUCUAACAUAAUUGUGGCAAGAUGUGAAAAAUUUUCGUCCUUCUGAAUAAUGAUACUUUGCUGUUGUGCGCGUCGCGACGCUCGAACACUGUCAAUUUCUAGCAGAUUACACAGGGUUUGCGUGUUAAAUUGUAUAUUUGAAAUCGAUGUCGCGUUAUUUAUUGAUUUUCCAUGGUACCGAAAUUGUAUAUAUACACAUUAUUGUAUAAAUUGAAAUUAUAUAAUUUUCUAUGGGCUUGAAUGAUUGUAGAUUAAAUUAAUUUGAGCCCCUUACAAUUAGCGAUAUUUACACUGCACUGCGGCAAUUACUUCUACAGUCGAUUUGUAUAGACAGGAAUCUAUGAGAGAGAGCAUAAAACUUCCAUAAGAAAUUUGUUGCGCAUCAAAAUCAUCUUGAGAAAAUUGAAUACUUCGUAUACAUAUAUGUUCUAGCAAUAAGGGGACUUUUGUCGUCGAGUAAACAGACUAUGUACGGUAUAGAUAUAUAUGGUUUAUAUGAUAAACUAAUGUAUACAAUAAUUUCGUAUACAUGAUAUACAUAUAAUACCAUGUUAUCGGUGUAUCCUUAAGUAAGGGCAAGUCGUUGAAGACUUCGCUUUACAAAAAGGCAACGACCUGUCACUGAAAAUGAACAUCAUAAUUAUUGUAAAACCGCGCCUCUGUUAUGUAAGCGAAUGAUCUUCGGACGACCAGCCCACUGAAACUGUGCGAAUACUAAUUAUUACAUUAGUACGUACUUAUUAACAUCGAGUUAUUAAUGAGAACGUGAAUAUUUCCUCGUCGCUUUGGUCUAUGAUCAAUCUAAAUCGAUUUUUCGUUUUCUUUUGCAUCCUUAUAUUUAUCGUUAGUCAUUGUCACGUGUGAAAUACUAUUUUACAUAAACUUUCAAUCGAUAUAUUUUGCUACGUGAAACAAAAUCUUGUUAUUGCGUUAUACGAUACACUUUGUUCCAUUCUUCACCUCGUUUUACUCAUUCCGCCUUGUGCAUAUUGUCAAUAAGAAUAUUACGAUAAGAAUAUUUAUUUCUUACAACUUACAAUUAGUCAAGUAAAACUACAAUCGACAUACAUACUUAAACACGAAGAUAACGUAUACUGUAUACUGACAUACAUAUAUAUUUUUUCGAAAAACUUGUAUCAAAAGUUAGCUUAUUGUUAUUCUUGAAUUAAUGGUCGCUGAUUAUCGCUGUAUCCAGUAGCAUACUACGGUCAAUGUUAGUUUUCCUUUGUGUCGUGUUACUUUUCGCCAAUUAUUUUCACUUUCAAUUAUAAUGUUAUAAUGUCAAAUUACUUCAGGCACUGUGCAUAGAAUAGCAAAAAAGAAUGGUAAAAGUUUGGCGUUUCUAAAAGUGUGGCAUUUUCGUAAAUGUGUCAAAAGAUUAAAUACUAUACUUCAGAGAUAAAAAUAAAUAGUGGUUUAUAAAAUCUAAAGAUAUGGGGUGUAAUCUUUAGCCACGCUUUCGGGAAUAUGACUCUUUUCCCAUUCCGUUCUUUCUACGUACGACGUGUAGAUCCCCUAUUCUGGGCAUAGCGUGUAUUUAGGUUAUUCAUUUAAAGAACAACAGUCUUUAAGAAGCGUUUGAACAAUUUUUAUUUAAUGAGGCAACGAUAAACGCGAACUUAUUGUUGGGCAAAUUUGAAAUGAAUUACGUUUCAGAUAUUAGACAAAUUCUUUUGCCACAAGCUUAAUAAUUCCUGAAUUGCCGAUACCUGAUAAUACCUGCGGUGAUUGAAAGACUUGAAAAAUAUAUAUUCAGUAUAUUGGAUAAUGAAAAAUUUAAAUACUAUCAAUAGUAAAUAAUCAUAGGAUAUCUUCGAGAAAUAUUUAUUUUAUAUGGACAGGCUGGUUGAGUCAUGCUAUUGGUUACAUUGUGCGAAACGUAUUUUAUCAAACACUUCUCUUGUAUGUUGUAGACGUAAAUUAACUGUUCACGCUGCACCGAUGUUCCUUCUAUAACAAUUUAUUCUCGCAAAAAUGGCAAAAAUUUAAUUUAUCUCGUAUCUAUAGAUGUAGCUUUUUAAUUAAACGUGCACCAAUGAUUAUUUUAUUAUAUAUCAGACAAAAUACGAUUGAAAUACCUAUAAUUGUGCAAAUACAAAUACUAUAAAGUUCGUUAUUGAAGUUUAUCAUACAUUUACAAACGAUUCUGUUAAAAUCUAUAGUUAUUCGUACGUGUAUCCGGAUGGAACUUAGCAUAUAUAUUUUACCAUAGAAAAAUAGAACAUAUAUGUAGCACAAAAAUAUUGUAUGAAAUUUUUGUUUAGUUUUACAUCACACAAAAAGAAAGAAUUUAUUGGAUUAAAAAAUA